AUAAAUCGUUUAUUUUUACAUAUGUUCAUACUGGAUAUAUGUCACUGUCAUAUCUGUCAUGAUCAUGCAGUCAUGCAUGCUCAUAUGUUUCAAAUUUUCAAUAUUUUCUGUCAUAGACUAAUAAGAGAUCAUGUUGAAAAUUGGCAUUUUCACUUCCGACUCAAUUUAAAAUAACUAACUACUGCAAGAUAAACUUUACAUUAUUAUUUACUUACAUUAAAACAAUUCUAUCCUUGAAGUUUCGUGUUUAUCAUCAUGGAAACUAUAAAGGCGAAUGCAGCGUUCCUGUGUAAUUUUGAGGUGAUGCAGAUUCUGCAGCAGCUGAAGGAUAGCACCCAGAAGAAGCACAAGAGAGAAGGCUCACUGGCUACUGUCACAUAUGAGACAGUUCACUACCUACAAGACACAGACUGCAAGAACCAGAGCGCACAGGCCAUACAGAAGUUUUUGGAAGCAAUGAAGAAGUUCAAGCUCACCAAGGUCGAGAAGCUCAUGAUGGCUAACAGUCCGCCCAGGACAGAACUGGAAAUUCAAUUGAUAGUACAAGAAAGCGAAGAGCGACUUUCAGAGGACGAAGUGCGCGAGAUCAUCGAUAUCGUGAACGAAUGCCUACCGGCUUCCGAGCCGUCUUGACCCGCAGAUGUAGGGCUAGAACUAACUACUUGAAGUAGGUACUCGAUUACUUAGGUUAGUAUCGUUUAUCAUCUCAACUGGUCUAUGGCAAACAAUCAUAGGUUUAUAGUUUGGCAUGCCAUUUCCGAAGAAAAAAAAAAAGUAUAGGAUUGACCUCCCAUGGCAAAUAUUAAUUUCGCGCCUUUUUCUACGGACAGUAUACCUGCCAGUGCGAAUAGUAUCAAAUACUUGUUUUUUUUUAAGGCCUGGAUGCUAGCCAUUUAAGCCGAAUGUCGUAUAACAAAUCUAGAGACAGGUUAAACUUAUGUUGGCGUAGCGCCAUCUAUCGGAGCCUUUGAUAUUUGCCAACCUCAUUAGAUAAUUUAGACGGAAAAGGUAAUAGAGAAAGAAGGUAUACAAUUCACCAUAUUUCUUCAUUUUCCUCCUUUGGAAUUUGGAUUAUACAGAAUAGAAUAGGCGUGUGGCCAACACUUGUAACAGACAUUUUAGUAAAUUAGGAUAAACAUGUAAAAUAAGCUCAGGUGGCACUACAAUCAAUAAAAAAAUCGGAUAAGUGCGAGUUGGACUCGCCCACCGAGGGUUCCGUACUUUUUAGUAUUUGUUGUUAUAAUGGCAACAGAAAUACAUUAUCUGUGAAAAUUUCAACUGUCUAACUAUCACGGCUCAUGAGAUACAGCCUGGUGACAGAUGGACAGACGGACGAACGGACAGCGGAGUCUUAGUAAUAGGGUCCCGUUUUACCCUUUGGGUACGGAACCCUAAAAAAUUGACAUAAUUUCUUGUUUGUGUCUCUCAAAAUUUGUUGAUUUUUUAUAUUAGGUACAAAUAUGUAUCAUGUCUUGUGAAUUUACCUAAAAAUAAUAAUAAAAAAAGUAAAAAAAAAAACAAGCAGUAGAAAAAGGCGCAAAAUUCACAUUUUCUAUGGGACGAUAACCCUUCGCACCUACAUUUUUAAACGGAAAAUGCCCUUGAAUAUUAUGACUUGAUUUUUUUUCUACAGUUACAUGUAGCAAUGUAAUUGUGCCAGGUUUGGUUUAAAAAAAUUUGGUGGGUCAUGCGACGAAAAUGUAGGUGUUAUAAGCCCUGGCGGCUUAGCCAACAUGCCAAUCUUUAACGCUCCAUAGUUCAGCAUAGUCAUCUCUCUAUCUCUCUUCCAUAUUAGUGCGACAGUGACAGUUGAGUUUCGUUUGAUACGAAGCAUAAACGAUUGGCAUGUUGGCGACGCAUCCUGUAAUUUUAUACACAGUGAUUGCAUCUGCAAUACCAUUAAUGUACGAAGGCUAGCAUAAGCGUACUUGUAAAUAAAAUAUCGAGAUAAG